CAGCCAUUUGAUGUUCUUUCUUCUUUGGCAGGGAACCCAUUUUCCAGCUAGCAGUAUCGAGAGAAAGUGCGGGUAUUUCUGCUGUCAGCGAAAUUUUAACAGAAAGAAAAGAUAGUUCGAUAGUUCAUUUCGUGUUUAACGGCGUUAUAGUUUUUAGUUGUAUUAUCGCCACAUUCCAGAUUUCUGCGUUUUGAGAGAAUGGCUGGACGUAAUAGAAAAGUUCCCGACCACAUUGUGAAGAUCUUCGACAAGUACACCGCCAACAAUGUCCGGGUACUCAGCAAAGCGCAUGCGCUGGAGAUGCUAAAGGCGGAGUUCGGGCUGGAGGGUGACGAGGCUGAGGUCAUGUUCAAUACCUUCGACAAAGACAAGAACGGCAAGCUCAGCGUCUGGGAGUUCCAGAUGUUCUGUACCUGUAUGGGGGAGCACGCGCAAGAAAUCAUCACCAAGUUCAAAGAACUGGACAAAGACGGAAGUGGUCAACUGGACGGUGAGGAGGCGCGCGAGGGUCUGAAGGAACUCAAGACAGGCACUGGUCGUCUGCUGUCGGAAAAGGAAGUUGAUUUCUUCAUCCAAACGGCGGGAGACGGUGGGGUCAUUGACCUCGGACAUUUUACUAACCUCUUGUAUCGUCUCAAGCUUUACAACGCCCCAGCACCCAAGUAAAAAAGGAAAACAAUAAAACAGAUGUUUGCUGGAAAUGCCUUGUUUAACCCCUUCACUGCCACGUUCACGUAUUAGUAUGUACUUGCCUGAGACAUGCACAUUUAUUGUUCUGUGCACUUUUUUCAACUGGCCAAUAGAGGAAGGUUUAGACGUAACUGCUGCUUAUGCAGUUGCUUAUUAUUCUUAAAAGAAGAGAAUGAUUUGGCUUUGUUUAAAUCUCUUGAAUAAAUGUUUUGACGUAAAUAGACGUAAAUAGACACAUCUCGGCAGUGAAGGGGUUAAAAUCCAGAAUCCAAAAGUUCUUUUUCCUCCAUACACAUCAAUACGACUUAAUUUUGUAAUGCAUUGUUGUAAGUAUGCAAGUAAACAUAUGUUUUUGGUUCUGAGUUUGAGUUCAGACGAUCGUUUGAUGGAUCUCGAUCAAUUCCAUUGCAAUAUUUUCUACGUCUUUGCCUGUUUAUUAGAUUGUUUGUUUGUUUAUUUGUUUAUUUGUAUUUCUUUGGAUCUGUUGAAAUUUACAGCAAGGCAAUAUAUGAUGAUGACGGCCACGUUUGGUAGGAAAUAGCAGAUUAGGAUAAAAGUAACACAGAAAAGAAAUAGAAGGAGCAGACCACAGUAGAACACCUACCAACUGCCCGCUUGUGUGCGGCUGAGUCUUGGGUCGACGCUGUGGUCUAUGUAGAUCUGUGGUGGAACAGCUGGUUUGAAUUUGCAUAAAUCUAUGGAGAACGAGAGUAUAACGAAUGCUAAAGAACUGGUCUGUCUCUCCAAGAGAAACAUAGCAUAAUAAUGCCCCUGUUUUUUAACACGAUGCUAUCUUAGUAUAGCUAAUAUUAUGGCUGUGUAUUUCAGUAAUUUCUCUGUAAUUGAUUUCGGGGGCAUGGGGGUGUUUUACUGCUAUCUGCAAUGAUAGAAAGAGAGUGGCGUUUGCAUCUUAUACACAAGUGUAGAUCCGCAUGUCUUUUUUUUUUAAAUUCUGUAAACAAAAAUUCUUGUAAUCCUUUGCAAUUUUUCUCUGUCUGUGUGAAUACUUGGAUUCUGUUAGAAAAGGUACGAGUAUGAUGACUCCUAAACAGGAGUUCUGUGUUUUGUUUGAAUCUGUGGUCAACCAGUGUUCAACUAACAAGUGUUUGUUUGGGUGUGAUGUGUGAGGAAAUCUUUAAUCAUCAUUGUUUUAUCCUGUAUGUAUGUGUAUCAUUCGACAUUUAUCAUUAAUUACUACAAUAAAAAUAGCGGCUUCUCUGAAGAUAUCAGAACAAAUGCAUCAUGUUCAAGAUCUUCGAGUCUGGACAGCUCUGAACAAUUCCUCGCAAUUCAUAAAUACUCCAAUGUAAAUUAUGUUGCUUACAAUACAUCAGAUACAGCACAUCUCAUCAUACUCAUAAAAAACAAUCGCUUUCUUUAAAACAAAUGCAUGAAACUUAAAAGCCACAUCAUGCACAAGUCAAUGUUUCUCUUUCUUCUCUUCUUCUAUACAUUCAUAUGAGUUUUGUUUUGAGUAUGAGCAGAUUUGAAAGUACAAAGCCAUACCUUCAACAUCUACAGAUAGUUCUUAUUAAAGAUCCUAUCUUUACUUCAUGUUAAUACAUGUAAUACUAUUGCUAAUGCGAAUAGUUAGCUCAUUUAUCAAUGUCUGACGAUCACUAGUGUAUAGACAGAAGAUAAUAUAUUAUUAUGAAUUUCCAAAGAGAAAUUACUAGAAGAAAUAAGGAUUCGGGUGAUUUGUGGCUACAGCUAUGGCCAAUGAGAUCAAUUCUGGCAGAGCAGAGUUUGCUACAUUUUGAGCAUUUAAAAGCUUCACCAGUGGAUGUACGUAGCUUUCUGACUUCUUUAUUGGCAUCAGCCUUUCUAAUUCAUUACGCCUCAUGACGUGUUACCACCAGAGAGUAAUACAUGUACAAAUAAAAGAAGGAGAGCGAUGAGGACGAUAGAUGUUUGAUAGGAAAGAAGGAACAAAUCAUGCCAGAGCAGCCGCCAAUCACCCACACCUAGUGGGUCUGUCCCAUGCAUUGGUGUCAGGGUUGAUGGUUUACACAGAGAAAAAAAAUCUCCUGAACGGAGAGGGCUUUUUUUGUUUAUUCUAUUUCUGCUUUUCUUGACUUGUAUUGAUCUAUUUAUUAUGGGGUUAUAAUAUUCUAAUGUGCUCAUCAAUACUUUGUACAUUGCCGCAAUUGCUGAUUUUCCUGUUGCUUAAUUCUGUUCCGUAUUGAGCUCUGAACAUGCACACUGUAUACAUGUAUGAAUAAUGAAGACUCCAAUGAAAAAGGCAGGUAAGUCACAAUUUUUAAUGAGGUUUUUUUCCCUCUUGCUGCAUUCUUUGAAAAUUUUUGGUACUUUCAUCUCUGCAAAUGAUCCCACGUACUACCCAGCAGUCUUGCGCUGCCAUAUUAAGACAAAGAAAUGAUGUACUCACUAUGAAAUACAGACUUUCAAUUUUUUCUUUCCUAAAACAUGUCUUAUCUACUUUUUCAACGGAGUCUUCAUAAUAGUUGUAUAGAUACGUGUAUGAACCUUUUUUGCAUGCUCAAAUCUUUUUUUACACUCUAUUUUUCUGUUAUUGUACAUUACUGUUUAUGCUGUUUGAUUCUGCUCAAUGUUACACCUUGCACCAGCACUUGUUUGCUUUCUUUGCCACCAGCCUCACAACAUUGGUGCUCUCUCUACUUUUAUUUGAUCUAGCAAAAUCUUCAGAAAAGUGGAAAAUGAAAUGUUCAGUUCAAAUGUCAAUAAAACUGAAUAGGUUUUUCCAAAUGAAAGAUUAUGCUGUCAUUCUUCAGAAAUCAGUACCUGUAUGCAUCCUGAUAAGAACAAUUUGAAUCAGAACGUGAGAAUAAAUUUCCAACUGGUCUGAAUUGAGUAAGUCAAGUAUGUUUUGAAGCUUAUAAAGUAUGUGCGAUUUAUAUAACAGGCAAUGCAACAUUACACGAUUUGCACACGAUCCCUAAUUUAAAAAAAAUAAUUCUACUCUACUUAAAGAGAAGCUUAAACACGGGAUGAACUCAAGAACCUCUAUUUUUGCAUACAUAUUAUCAAUUAAUUAAAAAAAUGAAUUAUAAUAUGU